AUGGGAUAUGGACGAAACAGCAUGUGGAAGCCAAUCGUGGAUGUUGUUCAUGCCAAAGGCUCACAACAAGAAACGCUAUGGAAGCUGGUUUCGAUAGCGCUAUCUAAAAGACCACUUCAUGAAAGACACGUGGAGAAAGCCCUAAAAUCAAGUUUAAAGAGUGCAGCCGUCUUCUCUUUGGAGAAUUUUCGAGUUCAGGCUGUAGAGGAGAAAAGUGGAGUUUUUGGAGAGAUUUUCGAAGUUUUACUGUUCAUCGGGUUACUGUUCAUCUGCGAUUCGGCACUGUUCAUCGUCUUCCUUUUUCCUUCAGUUUCAAUCCAUUGUCAAGGUGAGUGCAUGACUGUGGGUCCGCGAUUUGCUAGAUUAGAUUUGAGGCCGGGGCCGAGAUUGUGGACUUCGGCGGAUUCGGGAGAGAGUGUGGCGCCUAGUGUGGCGAUUGCGUCGGUGACCCAGUCGGUAUCCGUGGCGAGUGAGGCCAGUGUGGAUGCGAGUGUUGGUUUGGGAGCGGGGGCUGCUCCGGGUUGGGGUGGUGCUCCGGCUCAGGGUCUUGAUGACUUAGUGGUGGGUUUGCUGACGCAGUUAUUGGCUCGUUUUCCGCCAGUGGUUCCACAGGGGCUCCGGGAGUACCUCCAGUGGCAGAGGUGCAGCAGAGGGCUGCGGGUUUGUUCAGCCGCAGGCUGUGGGUUUGUGGUGCCGCCUAUCUUGGAUAUGAUGGGGCACAUGCAGAGGAUUGGUACGCCGUACUUUGAGGGCGGAGUUAGCCGAGGCGGCGAGUGUGUCAGAGAUUGGAGCGGAAUUUCCAGUCUAUCAGAUUGUCUGGUUUAG